GGAGCUUUCCCGUCGCGGCGCCGACACCCAGAGGCUCGCAAUCCGACUUAUUUCCUGCCCGUCGCCUGCCCUUACUUACUGUCCUCCGGGCCACCUCUGACCUGACCGAGCCCGGGUCAAAUCAAGUCGCUUUGCAACAAAACGCCGUGCUUCAGCCAUGGCGUCCAUGCAGGCUGUCAUGUUGAGGCGCUCACUUCAUGUGCCCUCGCGAGCCUCGCUGACCACCACCUCGCGACCUCUGACGCACUCCUCCUCGACCACAUGCCCGCGAGCCGCCUUCCACCAUGCGCCACGCCGGCCCCAGAACGAGCGGUUUCGGUCAAGACUUGGCGACGCCCUCAAUAACACAAAGAUCCAGUGGAAACCGAUCCCAAUUGGCCUGGGGAUAGGCUUCCUGGGCCUCUUCCAAUUCUACCGCACACAGACCAGAGAAAAGGAGAAUACCCCAGACAAUGGCGACCGGCCUAGGAGGCGGGAGCGAGUUAGACCAGAAGGACCUUGGCAGGUGCAAGUCAUGUCUACGCUGCCAUUGAAGGCGAUCUCCAGAUUAUGGGGGAAAUUCAACGAGAUUCCCAUCCCAUACUACCUCCGUGUGCCCGGCUUCAAACUGUACUCUUGGAUCUUUGGCGUCAACCUUGACGAGGUCGCUGAGCCAGACCUCCACGUCUUCCCCAACCUUGCCUCCUUCUUCUACAGAAAGAUCAAAGACGGCGUGAGGCCUUUGGACCCAAACCCGAACGCCCUCAUUUCCCCUGCUGAUGGCCGGGUUCUGCAAUUUGGCAAGGUUGUCGGUGGUGAUAUCGAGCAGGUCAAGGGAAUGACCUACAGUGUUGAUGCUCUUCUCGGAAAAUCGACACCACCAGCCAGCAUCGCGAGCGGUUCUUCAGGCAUAGACCCAAAGAAGGUUGAGUCUCACGGUGAUGAGAAGCUUGUCAAGCAAGACGAGGAGUUUGCCAAGGUCAACGGCAUUUCCUACACCAUCCCCGAUCUCAUUGGUGGGUCAAAGAAGGAGUCCCACGCAGGCCACAGGGUCAGCGACCAGACCACGCGGCCGUCCAGUCCUGGCGCUGUCGCCGAUGUGCGCGCCGAACUUGCCCUUGGCGAGAAACCUUGGUAUGACCUGCUGUCUGAGGACAAGAAGAACUCGUUGUACUAUGCCGUGGUAUAUCUUGCGCCUGGAGACUACCACCGCUUCCACUCGCCGGCAAACUGGGUUGUGGAGCGCCGCCGCCAUUUUGCUGGCGAGCUGUACUCGGUGUCCCCAUACUUGCAGCGAACUUUGCCGGGACUGUUCACGCUCAAUGAGCGUGUCGCGCUGAUCGGUCGGUGGAGAUGGGGUUUCUUCAGUUACGUUCCUGUCGGAGCGACAAACGUUGGCUCCAUCAUUGUCAACUUUGAUAAAGAAUUGAGGACCAAUUCCUUGCUCACCGAUACGGAGGCAGAUCGGGCUGCCGCAGAGGCUAAAGCAAGAGGCGAGCCCUAUAGUGGCUUCGCGGAGGCGACCUACACUGCCGCCAGCUGGGUACUUGGCGGCCAUGCCUUGCGACGUGGCGAGGAAAUGGGCGGCUUCAAGCUGGGCAGCACCAUCGUCCUUGUCUUUGAAGCUCCAGCUGCAGAGAAUCCUGCCGCGAAGGGAGGCUUCAGGUGGGCUGUCGAGAUGGGACAGAAGGUCAAAAUGGGUCAGGCCCUUGGCUAUGUGGAAGAAUGAUCGCAUUGUUGCGAUCGCUGCGCUGAGGGAGAUACAGGCUUUGGUGGCCGUGUACAAAUUCUCUGCCAUGUACUGCUAUACUGUUCAUAUAUACCACAACUACACAAUACCACAGCCUCUUCCUCGGUGCCAUUCCCCUUCCACCAAGGCAGAGGUUAACAACGG